AUGGAUUUAGCAAUUAGGCGCUUCCUUGCUUUUGAAAGGAAGCUUCAAAAACAACAAGACCUGAAGAAGCAGUACACAGAAUUCAUCAGACAAUACGCUUCUCUGGGUCACAUGGAGGAAGUCAAGUCUCCAAUUCCAGAGGUUAACUUUUUUCUUCCCCACAAUUGUGUCCUCAAGCCAUCUAGCAGCAGUACCAAACUCAGAGUUGUGUUCGAUGCUUCAGUAAAGACAUCGAAUAGCAUUUCACUCAACGACAUCAUGCUCAAGGGUUCUACAAUGCAAGAUGACCUAUUUUCAAUCCUUCUACGAUUCAGAAAACAUAAGUUUGCCUUCUCAGCGCCAGGUAAAUUUCAGCACAGAGGACAGUUAUCUACAACCCCUGAUGAAGACCUGAGGUACUAUCGCGUGAAGGCAGUUACUUAUGGUACAACGGGCGCACCUUAUCUAGCAACACGAUGUUUGGUAGAAUUGGCAAAUACAUCACAUCCACUUGCAUCGAGCGCAAUCAAGGAUUUCUACGUGGACGAUGUCAUGAAAGGAAGCAACAACCUCAAGGAAGCUGUAAAAAUUCAGGAUGAGUUAAAAACAUUGUUGCAGUCAGUUGGGUUCAACCUCGACAGAGAAGUGGAGCUUGCUGUCGACGAGUCAACGGAUGAAGGCGUGAAAACGUUAGGGUUAACCUGGAACCCCAAGUUAGAUCAUUUUCGCAUAACCACCGUUUGGAACGAGCCAACCAAGGUAACAAGACGGACGGUUUUGAGUGAUACAUCACGAUUAUUCGACCCAUUAGGAUUUGUCAAUCCAGCAAUUACACUGGACAAAAUAUUUCUACUGGAAUUGUGGGCACUAAAACUUGAUUGGGAUGAAGCCAUACCAAUGGGACUUCACACUCGGUGGCUUCAAUUCCGCCUGGAACUUGCAGAUCUUAACAGAAUUCGAAUACCCAGAUAUUUGGAAACGAAAAAUGCCACAGUCAGUCUACACGCUUUCUCCGAUGCUAGUGAAAGGGCGUACGGUGUGGUAAUAUAUCUACGCAGUAUAAAUAACCGUGGAGAUAUAAAGGUGAGACUUCUCUCUUCCAAGUCGAGUGGCUCCAGUGAAAACUAUCACUCUACCAAGACUGGAAUUAUGUGCAGCAACUCUUAUGGCUCGUCUAACAGAUCGUGUAACAAAAAUCCUCAACAUGGUCAUCGGCAGCAUACACUAUUGGACAGAUUCGCAGAUCAUCUUAGCUUGGACGCAAUCCAGGCCCUCAUCGUUUCACACCUUUGUGGCAAACAGAAUUUCAUCAAUACAAGAGUUAACAAAUACUGGCGAUAUGUGAAUACGAAACACAAUCCUGCUGACUUGGUAUCCAGAGGUGCCCGACCUAGUGAACUCAUCAAUUCAAAAAUAUGGUUUCAGGGCCCCGAAUUUCUUUCACAACCAGAGAUUAGCUGGCUAUGUGAAGUUAUCAAAGAACCAAAGGAUCUUCUAGAGCAAAAAACAAUUCGUACGGUCCUCGCAACUAGCGCUGUUACCGAUCACUUUAUCGACAGGAUCGACCACCGAAAUUCCUUCACCUAUCUGAAACGAAUCAUUGCAACAGUCCUACGAGCAAUCGAAUGCUUCAAGGAAAAGAGGGUGGGUCAUAGGUUUCUUUCAGUCGCAGAAUUAGAGGAAGCACUGACACUCAUUAUAAGGUACAUGCAAGUAAAGGAAUUCAAGGCUGAAAUCAAACAAUUACGACGGGAACGGUCAAUCGAUUCAAAGAAUAAACUCACUAAACUCACACCGUUCUUGGACAAUAACUCCAUCAUUACAGUUGGAGGAAGACUACAAAACGCCACUAUACCAUACACUGCAAAACAUCCUGCAAUCUUACCUACUUCGAAUCCAUUUACCAAGCUUUUACUUCUCGAUCUCCACAAGGAUAACUUACACAUUGCAACUCAAGCUUUGCGAGCAACAGCACGGCAACAAUUUUAG